UCACCGUUCACAGUCGCCACCCCCAAACUGCCCAUCAUUCCCGCGCGGCCGCGCCUCCAUUCCCCAAACCCUAGCCCUCCCAACCACGCAGCGCGAUGUCCUCUUCCUCCUCGUCUCGCCGCCGUCGGUUAGGCCGCGGCGACCGACUCGGCCGCAAUCCUCCAACGGCGACGGAGCGGGGUGCGGCGAAGGAGACGAGGGACUGGGCGGAGCUGCCGUUGGACGCGAUAUCGUCCGUCCUCCACAAGCUCGACCACGUCGACAUCCUGACGGGGGCCGGCCAGGUGUGCCGCUCCUGGCGCAGCGCCGCCCGCGACGAGCCCGAGCUGUGGCGCCGCAUCGACAUGCUAGGCCACGCCGACCUCCUCAACGAGCUCAACCUGCACGGGAUGGCGCAGGCGGCCGUCCGCCGCAGCGCGGGGAGGUGCGAGGCGUUCUGGGGCGAGUACGCCGGCGACGACGGCUUCCUCCUCUACCUCGGCGACCAGGCACCAUCUCUCAAGAGUCUUCACCUCAUUUCUUGCAAUGGUGUUUCUGAUGAAGGAUUUACAGAGGCAAUACAGAAGUUCCCGUUGCUUGAGGAUCUUGAGCUUUCAUUGUGUCCAUAUGUGGGUGAGAGUGGUGUGUUUGGGGUUGUUGGAAAAGCAUGCCCGCAACUGAAGCGCUUCAGACUGAAUAGGGACGGGUUCUACUAUCUCGACAGUAGAGACUACGACAUGGAUGAGGAAGCCCUGGGGAUUGCAACUAUGCACGGGCUACGCUCUUUGCAGCUGUCUGGCAAUCGCGUCACCAAUAAAGGAUUGGAAGCCAUCCUGGACAAUUGCCGCCACCUGGAGUCCCUUGACAUUCGGCGCUGCUUCAACGUGAAGAUGAACGACAUCUUGCGUGCAAAGUGUGCCAGGAUAAGCUCACUGAGGCUUCCCCAUGAACCCAACUGAUGACUGCACUUCCAGGUUGAGAGCCCUGUUUGGGUGGGUUUAGUGUUCUUUUCAGUUGAUUAUACAGGUUCUGGUUCUGACUGUGAGCUUGGGUCGCAAGAUUACAACGAUUGCUGUGAUCCUUACCGCUACCUUGAUGGCGUGUACGAGUACGAGCUUAUGAAGUAAACUCCGUCGUAUGUGGUGAUUGAAGUGGCUCGAUGUUUCAUCUUUUUGCCGAAGUAUCUGCACUACUCUUGGUCUUGGCAUGACCUGUACUUUGCUGCUUCUGCUAAUGGCAUGGAUCUUCUAUUGUGUCAAGUCCUAGAGUAUCAUAGACAGUGCUCCGUGCAUUGUACAACCAUCUUGUGGAACAUUUGGUUUGUUAGAAGUCCUAUAUUACCCUUGCAGUUGAGUCGAAGUUGCUGUGAAAUAUGCUUUGUAGUUGUGAAAAAGACUAAACCUGUUUGAUCAAUAUUUGUCCCUGUGAUAGAUGUCGGCUAUUGUGCACCCA